GGGUGAAGAGGGAAGGGGCGAGGUCGGCACCUGGGUCCGAUCCAGUGACUGUGGAGCCAUUCCCAAGAUGGAGAACCCAUGAGAAGGAGUGGGUUUGGGGGAACGCUCUGAGCUCAUUCGGGAGCAGAGCUUGUCGCUAGGCUCCCAGGAUCCCCAGGGAGGGGGUCAGGUGCGUCACCUGCGCCCCUGGGACCCUACCUCCUGCAGCUCCGCCCAGAGCCAUUCUGCAGCAUUCACCGAUCUCUACAUCCAGCUCUACUCACCUGCUGUUAUCUUGGACACCACUGAACAGGCUGAGGAAUCCAGACCCUGACACCCUGUCUCUGGAGGACCGGAGACUCAGAGUUCCAAGUCUCCUUCUCACUCAGGAUCCAAGCUCUAGGCGCCUUCCAGAACUAUGAAAUCCUUCAGCCCCAUCCCCUUCCUCCUCAUCUUCCUCCUCGCCGGGCUUGGUUCCAAGGCUACCCCUUCGGCCUCACCGCCUGCAGUGUCCGACGUCCCUGAGAUGGGGUACCCCUCCCAAACCUCCCCUCAUGCUAUGGAAAAUUCCACUCACGACCAGCCUAACCCAGAAUCCCCUGGGAUUGCUUCUCUUGAGCCUUCUAAGAUGCCUCAUGCGGUUUCCCCUGAACCCUCCUCUCAUAAUUUCACUGAGACCCCCAAUCCUGACCUCCAAGAACUCCCACACUCAAAGUCUCCCGAGACCCCCCAAACUAACUCACUCAACACCUCAAUAUCAGAAUCCCUGGAGACUCCAAAAAUUAACCCCUCCCAAAUGACACAUUCAGAAACUUCUGAGAACCUCGAACAUGACCCAACUGAAAUUCCACACCAAGAAUCCCCUGAAACCCCCAAACCUAAUCCCUCCAAAACUUCACGCCCAGAAUUUCCUGAGACCUCCAACCCUGGCCCUACCCAAACUCCACACCAAGACUCCCCAGAGGUUCCAAAACUUAACUCCACUGAAAUCUCGCGUGGAGAAACCCUUGAGACCCCAAACCCUGACCCCACCAAGACCCUUCACCCCGAAUCUCCAGAAACCCAUGAGCCCGACACCACCGAGACUCCAAAUUCUGAGUUCCCCCGGACCCUCCACUCUGACCCUACCAAAACUCCCCACUCAGAAUCCCAUGUAACCCACAACCCCCGCCCCACUGAAAUCCCGCGAACAGAAUUCCCCACAACCCACUACCGAGAUGCAACAGAGAUCCCCGUGGCCUCUGACCCUGGAACCUCCACUAGUCUUCACCCAGAAACGCCUGCACCCCUCAAGGACCGAGCUACUGCCCUAAGUGAGCUGCCCCUGAAUAUCGAACCAGAAACCCUUGUGGCCAUCCAAGCUGGAUUCCUUAAAUUUCCCGCCUCAGACGCUCUUGGGACCAUUGAGCCCAAGACCUCCCAGAACUCUAGCCUUAAAGGGCCAGACCCCCUUCCUCUCUCAGCCCGGAUGGCAGGCCCCCCUGCUCCUCCAGGGCCCCCCAGUCAGCCAGCCCCUGCCACUCCAAGGGCCCCCCAGCGGCGCAGGCUCUGCCAGGCUUUAAUGCUCAUUCUCCGGCCUCUUCCUUCAGGCGUGACCCUGGCUGGGCGCCCCCGGGGCGCAGUGGGCGGGGCCCUGUGCUUCUUCUUCGCUGGGAUUGGGCUGCUGCUCGGCAUUUUCCUGCUGUUGUGGUGUCUCUACCGCCGGGCGAGUCGACAUCGGCCCUUCGCACACCACCGGCUGCCAAACGACGGAGAUGAGCCGGUCAUACAUUUGGACGCCCCGAAGGAGCCCUACGAUCUCUACUUCUAUGCGCCAGACGCCUGGGUCCCGUCACACAUCGCCACCAAGCAGCCGCCGCCCACCCCCCCGCUGCCGCCAAAGCUGCCCCCGCCGCCCCGUGGGGGCCGCCCCCAGCGUCUGGAGCCGCUCUCCCCCGCCACGCUCCCCAACAACUUCGUGUGAGCAUGGCUCGGUCUCGCCGGACCUGCGCCAUCCCCGGAUGGAGGAGAAACCCAGAGAUCCAGUCCUCCAGACGCGCUUCGCUGCUUAGUGGUACUUUCGGAUAGAGAGUCCAGCUCUCAGAGAUUGCUUUAGCUGCGAGCGGAGGCCGAAUAAAUCACGUGUUGCCACUGUUA